AUGACGUCCGAAAAAGUUAAGGCUAGCGAGGGUGAAGCUGCUGACGCCGUUGUAGAAUCUUCGCCUCCUGCUGCUGCUCCUCCAAGCGACGACGCCGCUGCGGCUGCUACUGACGAUGCAGCGACGAAGCCUGACGCUGAACCGGCGAGCACGAACGGGGAGCCGGCAAGUGGCGAACCCGCUGAAGCAAACGGCGAGGAGUCGAAGGCUGAAGCCGAGGCUGCGACGACGCCUGCGAAGGAAGCUGCGAAGACGGAGGAGAAGCCGGCGGGCGAGGAAGGCACGGGUCAGCGGCGACGGAAGCGCAAGAGCCUUUGGGACACGGAGGGCCCUGACGGCAAGAAACGUGCGUGCGUGGCGAGCACGCAACAGCGGGUUGCACGCCGCUUCGAGUCUCCUGCUGUCCUAGCGUCACCAGGCACUCCCAGCGCAGCCGGCAUUCUGCCAGGAGCCCCCGCGAUUCCCGGUAUUCCUGGAAUGCCACUGGGUGCAGGCAUUCUCCCCGGCGCUGCAGCGGCGAUGAUGAUGCCGGGAGCGGCCAUGGCGCAGCAGGCGCAGCUGCUGCAGCAACAGCAGCUUCUCCAGAUGCGAGCGCUGGCUCAGGCGAAGAUGGCGGAGGCAGCAGCGGUGCAGCAGCAGCAGGCCACAACGACCCAGUCGAAUGCCCAGUGCCGCGUGUAUGUGGGAAGCAUUUUCUACGACCUCACCGAGUCUGAUAUUCUCCUCGCCUUCUCCCCCUUUGGUCCAAUCACCAAGAUCGACAUGCCCAAGGACGCGAGCACGGGCAAGCACAAGGGUUUCUGUUUCAUCGAGUUCACCAACCCUGAAACCGCCUCCACUGCCAUCGCUGCCAUGAACGACUUUACCCUCGCCGGCCGGCGCAUCAAGGUCGGCCGUCCCAACAACAUCGCUUCCCCUUCGCCUGCUGCGCAGACCAUUGCCAACCCUCUCGCGUUCAACCAAGCUGCAUUGGCGGCACCCAACCCCAACCUCCUCGCCACUGCCAAGCUCCAGGCGCAGGUGAUCGCGAGCAGCAUCAACCAGAAGGUCCCAGGGGUGGCAGAGGUGCCCCAGAAGCCAGCAGUGAACACGCGGGUGUAUGUGGGUUCCAUUGUCUACGACCUUGCAGAGCCCGACAUCAUGGCCAUCUUCCAGGCCUUCGGCCCCAUCAAGUCAUGCCAGCUCAUUCCCAACCCUGACACGGGCAAGCACAAGGGCUACGGUUUUGUUGAGUUUGAGACAGAGGAAGCAGCCAAGGGUGCCAUUCAGUGCAUGAAUGGGUUUCAACUGGGUGGCAGACAGCUCAAGGUCGGGUGGGCUUCAGCAUCCCACGCCCCAACUUCUGCCUCACCAGCACCACCCGCCUUCCCAAGCGCCAUUCCAGGCAUGCCGGCUAUCCCGGGUUUCCCUGGGGCUGCCCUGCCCGCAGCAGCAGGAGGGGCCGGGCUGAUGGGUGCAGUGCCUGGCGCUGUUGCUGCUGCCUCCCCAGCAGAGGCGGCGGCGUCCCUGCCAGCGUCCCCCUGUCGCUGCAUCGUGAUGCGGAACAUGGUCACUCCAGAGGAGGUGGAUGAUGACCUGCAGAGCGAGGUGACAGACGAAUGUGGCAAGUUUGGAAAGGUGGAGCGGGUUGUCAUCUACCAGGAGCAACAAUCGGAGAAGCCAGGCGAUGCGAUUGUGAAGAUCUUUGUUCUCUUCUCAAGCACCCCAGGCACAGGCAGCGCAGCAAUCGCUGCACAACAGAUGGUUCGGAGGCCGGCAGGUCAUUGCAAGCUUCUAUCCGGAAAUUUUGUAGAUUGCUUGCGUGCAGCGGCGGUGGCGUGGGCGCCGAACAAGCCGCUGGUGAUCGAGGAGGUGGAGGUGGCGCCGCCACAGGCGGGGGAGGUGCGAAUCCGCAUCACACACACCGCGCUCUGCCACACUGACGCGUACACUCUCGACGGCCACGACCCCGAGGGGCUCUUCCCCUGCAUUCUUGGACACGAGGCUGCUGGCAUCGUGGAGAGUGUGGGCGAGGGAGUCACGAGUGUGCAGCCAGGCGACCAUGUGAUUCCGUGCUACCAGGCGGAGUGCCGCGAGUGCAAGUUCUGCAAGUCCGGGAAGACCAACCUGUGCGGCAAGGUCCGCCCCGCCACUGGCCGUGGUGUGAUGCUGUCUGACGACAAGCCGCGAUUCUCUGUGAGGGGCGAGCCUAUCUAUCACUUCAUGGGCACGAGCACGUUCAGCGAGUACACAGUGGUUCACGAUGUCUCAGUUGCCAAGAUCAACCCAGAGGCACCGCUCGACAAAGUGUGCUUGCUGGGCUGCGGCAUCCCCACCGGGCUGGGAGCGGUGUGGAAUGCAGCCAAGGUGGAGCCUGGUUCCACUGUUGCCAUCUUUGGGCUGGGCACCGUUGGGCUCGCGGUGGCGGAGGGCGCAAAGGCAGCCAAGGCAUCGCGCAUCAUAGGCGUUGAUAUCGACCCGACCAAGUUCGACACAGCCAAGGCAUUCGGUGUGACCGAGUUUGUGAAUCCCAAGGACCACAGCCGGCCCAUUCAGGAAGUUCUGGUAGAGCUGACGGACGGGGGAGUGGACUACAGUUUUGAGUGCAUCGGCAACACAGCAGUCAUGCGGGCAGCGCUGGAGUGCUGCCACAAGGGGUGGGGCGAGUCGGUGAUCAUAGGAGUGGCAGCGGCUGGGCAGGAGAUUUCCACGCGGCCGUUCCAGCUGGUCACGGGGCGUGUGUGGCGCGGCACGGCGUUUGGCGGGUUCAAGAGCCGGACCCACGUGCCAGAGCUUGUGGACAAGUAUUUGAACAAGGAGAUCAAGGUAGAUGAGUACAUCACGCACAACCUCCCUCUCUCGAAGAUCAACGAGGCCUUUGACUUGCUGCAUGGGGGCAAGUGCCUGCGCGCUGUGAUUCACAUGGAGGAGCAGUGA